AUGCCAAAAGUAAGGACUAGACAGGCUUCCAAUAGCCUAUGGCUAAGACAGCGAGAGCUGGGUAUGCAAUUUUCACUGGGUCAUAGUGAUCGCUUCCACAAAACUUUGUACUCAUCUAUCCAGCCCGUGACUUCUUGGGAUCAUGUAGAAAAUUUAUCCAGCGCUAUGCAUGGUGGUGUUUUUAAUUUGGAGUACUCACCAGAUGGAUCAAUUCUCUUGGCUGCUUGUGAGAAGAAAAGUAUUCUUAUGUUUGAUCCUCUAUGUAGAAAACUUGUACACGCAAUGGAUAAUGCCCAUGAUGAUUGCGUCAAUGGCGUGAGAUUUUUAGAUCAGCGUAUGUUUGCUACUUGUUCGGACGACAGCACGGUAGCUCUGUGGGAUGCUAGGAAUCUGAAACAGAGAGUAAGAACAUUGCAGGGUCAUUCGAAUUGGGUGAAAAACAUAGAAUACAGUCCAAGUGAUGGUUUGUUAAUAACUAGUGGGUUUGACGGCAGUAUUUAUACAUGGGAUAUAAACAGUUUCACAGAGAACAGCUUUAUGUAUACUCGAGUAUUUCAUACUAAUGGAUUGAUGCGGACGAGACUCACGCCAGAUGCAACUAAGAUGUUGAUAUGCACUACUUCGGGCUAUUUAAUUAUUAUACAUAAUCUCAAGCUAAGCACUCUUUCUCAGGAUUUAGCAGGCUUUAAGCCCAACAUGUAUAGAUUGAUGCAAUUAUCGCAAACCACUAUACCAAUAGCUGCAAACUUUACACACCUCUUUUCCAAUUCUCGUACUCAUAAUCGCGUUGAAUUUGUUACCGAUUUUCCGGUUGGCGAUGACGCCGAGGUGAUAUCUAGUUUGCAAGUACAUCCUCAAGGUUGGUGUGCUUUGUCUAGAAAUGUCAGUAAUGGAGAAAAAUCAGAGUGGACUUGUAUUCAUGAUAUACAAAGCCGGGAUGUAUCGGAAAUUUCAGACCAACUUAAGGAUGAUGCAGAGUCAUCGUUACCAUUUAACGAGUUAGCGGUAGAGGAAUUUGAGGAUCCACAGCCAUCACGUUCAGGAAUUACCUCCUCCUUUGUCAUAGACAGUGCGAAUCGCGCCAGGAUUAUUCAGACCGUAUCCGACGUGAGGUCAAAUUCCUUCGUUUCCACAGAUUCGGUACAGCUAGUCCGCCCAUCAAGAACUAAUACGUGGCAGCGUCUGUCACGUAGAAGUCAACGCUCACACUCAAGAAGUCCACGUCCUGAUAGGCACGUAGUGAGGACGAAUUUUGGGGUGAUCGAGAUAAGCCCUAACGCUUCUGACUCCAGGUCGAAUGUGAACCGCGAGGACGAAAGGCAGGAGGAAAGAUUCCGCGAGGCUGAGACAGAGGAAGACAAUCCACGUGAGGAUUCCACAGAUGCACGUGAAAGAGAAGAUGAUCAGGAGUACAGAACGCCUAGACCGAAUCAUCAGUUUAAUGAUCUGAGGCGGAGGAACAUGAUUGAUAACAGCGACUUCUCCACAGCUAAUGUAGAGUUGCAUGUAAGCACCACAGACGUUUGGGAGGCUCUCGUGGCUAUAAGGGAGGCAAGAUUAAGGAGGGAACGGGAUAGAGAGUUUCUUCCUGGUGGCGAGAGGAGAGGAGACUGGCUUCCUAGAUCAAGUAGCGGCGUCAGCGUAAAUAUACCUAGGUCAUCCCAUACGGUUGUGAUAAUUGGUGAGAGAACCAGGGCGCAAAAUCAGAAUCGACAAAGCCAGCAGACGAUGUACGCGAUAACCAGGAAUCAUAAAAUUCACCAGAAUGUACCGCGACUCACGCAUUACAUUGAUGAACCUAAUUUAGGCUCUGGGUACAUAAAGGAAUUGUGCUUCUCUGCUGAUGGUCGGCUUAUUUGCUCGCCAUUUGGCUAUGGCGUGAGACUCCUGGCAUUCUCUAGCGAAUGCGAGGAAUUAUCUACUUGUGUUCCGUCGAUGAAUGAGUCUGUGCGAUUGUACGAAUUGGCAACAAAUGUCAGCCAUUCAGAUAUCGUAGUCAGUACGAAAUUCUCGCCUAGGCAUUGCCUUCUUGUGUCAGGUUGUCUCAGUGGGAAAAUUGUCUGGCAUCAGCCGGUAGUUUAGCUAAAUCGGUUGCCGCAUAGAUUAGGUCGUUGAUUUUUUUUAGUGGGAUUCAAGAUUGUGUUUUGUCUUCUGUUGAGGGCAGACUUUAUUUGAGCGAAGCGUAUUUUUAAAAUGGCUCGUUAAAAACAUUUAAUGAAUUUUCGUGUGUCUGGUAAUGAUAUCGCGUGCCUGAGACUACAUAAACUGGAACAUGCGGAUAAAGCAUUUCUACUAACAUCUAAUGUGGACGGAAAUAAUUUUUAUUCCGAUCCAUAAUAGUCUAAUCACGAUAUGGGUUAGUUCAUUAUAUAGAAAUUUUGUAGAUUUGAAAUUUUUUUUUACAAAAUUACUGUGUCUUUGCCUGCGAAUCGUUUCUUCAUUGAUAUUUUUGGGCUUACUAGGAUUUUUUAAGCGUGUUCGAAUAAACAAUCAAAAAUGUGCAAAUUACGUGCUAGGGAUGCCAAUGAUCUACCUUCUUAAAAUAAUUGAUUUCGGGAUCGCUGCAAGAAACUGGGAAAAAUGUACAACUAUUUUUUAUUAAAAAUUUGAAGUGCUUAUACACGAGAAUUCAGGAAUCCACCCUCGGCAUCAAUACCCGGUAAUUAUGUAUUGUUUAAAAUCUACGAAAUUGUCACGAUUCUCAUAGAGACUGGAAAAAGUUACUAGCUGCUACUGUAACGCGUGUAAAUAAUUCGCAAGUCGAAUUUUAGAGAGAGAGACGGAGAGUGUAUGAAAGAGAUUUCCCAGGGCAUCGAAGAAAAAGACCUGAGAGAGAAAGACAGAGAGAGCGAGUAAGACAAUGAUGUCCUUUUCGCAUAGAGUGCGAAAGCUCAUGCGGAAGCCGAGCACUAUAUUUUUAUCCAUUUUCUUGUAAAAUCAUGGAAGAGUUUCGAGAACGUCGAAAAAUUGUUACAUCGACGAGAGGAAUAUGUUUUUUUCGUUAUAGCCUUAAAAUGAUCUAAUGAAAAAGGGCGAGUAAUUUGUUUUCGUAAUUCGGUCUUUUUUUUUUUUUUUAAUUUUAUUCCCUCGCGAGAGAGCGGGAGGGCCAGGGAAAUAUGAAUGGGUGAGAGCAAGGAGAGCGAAAUAGAGAUAAAUGGAAGUUAGUAUGAGCGUGUGUCUAUAUGUAUGUAUGUUUAAUGAGUGACGCGCAUGCGCAAAGGAGUAAUUAUCGUAAGUUCCAAUAACUUGAAAGUACUUAAGUUUUGGUCUUGAUGCUUCAAAGCAAAAAGUGAACCCGCGAUAUCGGCUUAUGACUCACGUGAGUUUUCAUUUUACUAAAGAACAAAAGGUGAGAAAGAAAAGAGAAAAGUAGGACAAGAGUAACCGAAUCUUUGGAAAAUUGUCAGUGUCUCAUUAUAGUUUAAUUUCGCAGAAGCAAUUGGGACUGAAGCUAUUUCGGUACUCGCUCUCAUGUACUUGUAAUAACGAAAGAAAUUAAGAUUCUGUACAGUAGUUAAAGUGCUCAUUGUUUUUGUAAGAUUUGCUUGUUUUUUCCCCCUCUCCUCUUAUGUCCCCAUUUUUUUCUAUACAAUAAACUAUUACAACCAA